AGGAGUAUGUUUGAUAAUACAGGGUUACAUAUAUAUAUAUAUUUUUUCCCUUUUAGAUGGCAAACAGACCAGAUCCAGAUAUUGAUGAUGAUUUCAGUGAAAUUUAUAAGGAAUACACUGGUCCUCCAGGAUCUACAGUUAACAGUGUACAAGAUAGAGCAAAGACGAAUAAACGAUCUCAUGCAGGUUCUGAUGAGGAAGAGGAACAACGCGAUCCCAAUGCUGUCCCAACAGAUUUCACUAGCCGAGAAGCUAAGGUUUGGGAGGCUAAAUCCAAGGCGACUGAGAGAAACUGGAAGAAGAGGAAAGAAGAAGAAAUGAUUUGCAAAUUGUGUGGAGAAUCAGGUCAUUUUACUCAGGGAUGUCCCUCUACCCUUGGUGAUCGCAACACUCAAGAUUUCUUUGAAAGGAUACCUGCCAGAGAUCAGCAUGUAAGGUCAGUUUUCACAGAGAAAGGAAUGCAGAGGAUUGAAAAGGAUAUUGGCUGCAAAAUCAGAAUGGAUGAGAAAUUUAUAAUAGUCAGUGGCAAGGAUAGGUUGAUUUUGAAAAAAGGUGUGGAUGCUGUGCACAAAUUAAAGGAGGAGGGUGAUCCAAAGGCUUCUAGUUCUCACAGAAGUAGAUCAAGGUCUCUUGAGAGAAGUCUUGUGGGUGCAAGGCUGAGACGCCCUGAAACCCAAAGGUCUCAUUCAGGUCCACAUAAUUCUUCACACUUUCAACCAAGAUUUGGCAGGCAAGAUAAAGUCUUGGAAGACAGUGUUCGUGAGGAUUUACUGAAAUUUUCUAGAGGUUCUCCACAAGGUAGGGACAGCAUCCAAUCUGUUUAUGGUAUCCAGAGGAAGGUGGUAAUCCCAGUCUUGUAGCUUAGGCCCUGUAGGUUUUCUUAUGUGGUUCUCUAACAUUUUGUUACCUGAUCUUGAAUUCCUAUAAUGCAUUUUUUUGCUUAUCAUUUUUUGCAGCAAGUGGUAAGUUCUUAUUUUCAAGCAAUUUGUGUGCAAUUCUGAAGUAACUUUCCUGGGUGGGUAUGAAUUGAAGGGUUGUCUCCAAAAGAAGUUGUUUAUUGAAAGCAUAUGUGGCUUGCAAUGGAUGGGUUCACUAUGUGAAUAAAAGAUAGGAUGUGUAGUUGAAGCUGCAUCUAUGCUAGCAUCUCGAAUCAAGUGCUUAACAAACUAUUCAUUUCAUGAAGCUUAUGGUAAUGAUGGCGCUAGGAGUCGUUCAAGCAAUUCUAAAUCUCCAGGGCAUCCCCUAUAUGUUGGCAAUUCAUAUAAUUCUUAUGAUGAUCAUAACCAGAGCAUGGGAGGUUAUAGGCCUGAUGUAUGGGAUACUGAGAGGAGGGCGUCAAACAUGCAACCUGGGAAUCAGUUUGAAUACCCUGCCUUUCCACAGACAUUAGAAGAAUUGGAGUCAGAAUAUAAGAGAGAGGCAAUGGAACUAGGAAAAAUUCAUGAUAAGGAAGAAGAUGAAGAGAAUUACAAACACUGGGAGGUAAGAAACAUACCUUGUAUUACUGUGGUUACAUGCUCUGUGGCUAACCAGCUUAUUGGACAAUCAUAGAUCCUUCUGGAGAUGUCCUAUACUUUUAGCCUUGUCGGACCUCCAUCAAGUGUGCUUAUAAACAAAGAAGUAUUUGUUCAGUACAAGUUGAAUUUCUGUUUUGUAUUUAUAAUUUUGAUAUUUUAAUAUUUACCAGCUUCAAUAAAUACCACGAAAUUUG